AUGUCGGCUCCAGCGGACUCCACCAUGAGCGGUGGUAAGGCUGCGCCUGUUGAAACUUCACGGCUCGAACAGCCUAACGAUGCGGUAGCCAUGGAAAACAUUGCCCAAUCCUCCGAGCAGGCGCCCGCCGAUCACGCAUCCGAAUCCGCCGAUAAGACCGUUUUAACUGAACCAGCACCGUCUUCUCCUGCGCCAGCUACAUCCGAGAACGCCGAUAACUCUGCAGCCACUACUGCAGCCUCAUCGAAGGGAAAAGAGAAAGAUGCAGCUGCUCCUCCUCCUCCACCUACUAAGCAAGACUCGAAUCUGGGUAUCGGACCUGCUGUGGACGACAUCAGAGAAAUUUCAGGGGGCUCUUCCGACGGACCCGUUUGCAACAUUACCCUUCUCCUUACUUCAGGAAGCCGACAUCCGUACAAGAUUGAUGCCAAGUACUUGAGUCGGAGGAGCGUGGAUAUCCCAGACCAGACGGAGAGUGGCCUUCCGGAUCCCUUCAGUAUCAGCGUUUAUACCCUCAAAGAAUUGAUAUUGCGCGAAUGGCGAAGUGAUUGGGAGGCAAAGCCAGCAAGUCCCAGCAGCAUUAGGCUGAUUCAUUUCGGAAAGCUCCUCGAUGAUAAGGAGCAAUUGAAAAGUAGGGCUCGCCGUCGACCUGAGACAAGGAGCAUCAUUUGCUAA